UCUUCUUCCAGGUAUUUGGCCAUUUGCUACCCGCUGCGCUCCAGAGAGAUGAGAACACCUAAGAACGCCCUGGUCUCCAUCGGCCUGGUCUGGGCGCUGGCGUUGGUUUUCUCAGGACCGUAUCUCAGCUACUACGCCCAGAUGGACCUGUCCGGCACCGUGGUGUGUAUUCCCGCCUGGGAGACCAAACCACGCAUCAUCAUGGACAUGUGCACUUUCGUCUUUGGCUACCUCAUCCCCGUCCUGGUGCUCGGCCUCACCUACGCUCGCACCAUCCGAUACCUGUGGACCAGCGUGGACCCGGUGAAGGACAUGUCCGAGUCGAGGCGGGCCAAGCGGAAAGUCACCAAGAUGAUCAUCGUGGUCGCCGCGCUCUUCUGCCUCUGCUGGCUCCCCCAUCACCUGGUCAUCCUCUGCAUGUGGUUCGGACGCUUCCCGCUCAACCACGCCACCUACGUCCUCCGCAUCCUCUCCCACCUGGUGGCGUACACCAACUCCUGCCUCAACCCCAUCGUCUACGCACUCGUCUCAAAGCACUUCCGUAAAGGUUUCAGGAAGGUUUUCAGCUGCUCGCUGAAGAGGAGGGAGGUCAACAAGGUGCACGUCAUCCAGGUGGUAAACACGGUCAGCAGCGUGGAGACGUCACACUGAAGACGAAGAGGACGAAGAGGAAAAGCCAACUGAAAAUUAUGAACCAUCAACAUCCCCAGAAACUUCCUUUGGGUGACGCAAGGUCCCAAAAGUGUCAAUUUCAUCAACCUAAACAGUGUCGAAAACAAACAAAACAAAAAAAGCAGUUUUUCUAAAUUAAUUAUGAGACAGAAUUUGAUGGAAAAAAAUCUGCUUUUACGUUUCUCCAUUAACAAGAUGAUGUAAAUUAUCUAGUUAAUACAGAUUAGUUGAGUUUCAUUCUUCAAUGAAAACGUUUCUCGGCGUUCUGAGAUAUUUACCCAGACAAACUAAAAAAAUGUUCCUCAUUACACUUCUGUAUAAUAUUUGUCUGUUGUAUUAUUGUACAGAUAGCUCAACAAGCCUCGAUGUUCUCUGUGCUGUUUUACAAUAUUACAAUUAAAAUAUGCUGCAUGAUUAUUUAUUGUCAAAUAUCGUAUUUGUUAUAUCUGACUGGCCGUGUUGCUGUACUGAGAGAUAUAAGUUUCUGUGUUUUCAU